AUGAAUAUCAAUUGUCUUGUGAGAAGGCAGUUCCCUUUGAAACCCAUAACUUGUGUCCAUCUUCAGAUCUAUAGAAAUUUAUCACACACUAUAAUACCCAGAUCCAUAGAUGAUUCAAAAGAUCCAUUGAACUCCAAAUCACAAAAGAAAAUUGAACCAGAACAACCUGCACCUGAAAGUUUCCCUCGAACUAAAACCAAAGUGGAUAAUUUUUUGGAAAAAAUACGACCUCAUUUAAACACUAUACAUCAACAAUAUGAUAAAACUCAUAAACAAAUAAAUAAUAUAAUUACACCUGUCAAAUUCCAUUAUAACAAGGCUAAAACCGCUAUUAAUGAAGUUAAUGAAAAAUUAGCCUUACAAGAAAAGGAAAGUGAAAGUUAUAGUUUUAAACAAGAUCUUACAAAUGGGAAUUCUUCAGAGAUAAAAGAUAAAACUAUUCAAGGAUUACCAAGUGAAAGAGAACGAAAAAGAAAAAAAUGGGCCAAAAAGCUAGAAUUGUAUAUUGAUUCCUUGCAAGAAACUAUCUUUACAGCAACAAGAGCAUUAAAUGAUGUUACAGGUUAUUCAUCAAUUCAAAAAUUAAGAGAAUCAAUUGAAAUUUUAGAAAAAGAUUUACAUAAUACAAAAGAAUUAUCAAAAGUUACCAAAGAUGCUUAUAGUGCUGCUAUUUCCAAAAGAUUACAAACUCAAAAAGAAGUUAAUGAAUUAUUACAAAGACAACAUACUUGGUCCCCUCAAGAUCUUGAUAAUUUCACCAAGUUAUAUAAAGAUGAUCAUGAAAAUGCUACAUGGGAAAGGAAAGCAAAAGAAGAAAUGGAAGCUGCAGAUGCUAGAGAAGAAGAUGUUCAAAAUAGGUUAAGUAAAGCUAUAUUAACUCGUUAUCAUGAGGAACAAAUUUGGUCAGAUAAAAUUAGAAGAACUUCUACAUGGGGAACAUUUGGACUUAUGGGUAUAAAUAUCUUAUUAUUCUUAGUAUUCCAAUUAGCAUUGGAACCAUGGAAAAGAAGAAGAUUAGUUGGAAAUUUUGAAGAAAAAGUUCAACAAGUCUUGGAGGAGAAUGCUUAUUUACAAAAUAAAAAAUUAGAUUUAAUGAAUAAAAAAGUUGAAAGUUUAAAAAAUAGUGAAUUAUAUCCAGUUUUAAAUGAAAGUGGUCGAGCUGAAAUUAUUGAAGAUCCUAUUGAACCUCCUACUGUGGGUACUUUACCAUCCCCACCAAUAAGGGAUUCCAUUAGAGAUAAAACUUGGUUAUUGAUUAAUAAUUUCAUAAAUCUUUUCAAACCAUCAUAUAAUUUAAUAACUACAUCAGGUUCUUCAGUACAAGCCACUUUGAAGAAAGAAGAAGUUAUAACUUUCUCCAGUGUGAUCUUGGUACUAGGUAUAACCACUGGAUCUAUAAUAUCAUCAAUAUGGAGGUAA